AUGCCUUUCUACCUGCUUACAAUGAUAAAACAAAUCAUUGCUUGUCACGUUUAUGGAGAGGAAAUUCUAAUAUCUUCAACUGCGUCUAUAAUCAUUAGUACAGGAGCAAUCUAUCCACUCUAUGUUCUGAAUCAAGGAACAAAGAAGGUUAUUGAGGUUUUCUUUUUAAUGGUGUCUGCUUCUGUGAUAAGUUUGUUCUUUGCCUAUGUUUAUGCAGAAGAGAAGAGAAAUCAUUACAAACAAAGGUUUGCUUACAUGCAGGAAAAGUAUUUGAGUAAUGAGAAAACUCACAUGAUUGCAAAUAUUUCACACGAAGCAAGAGUUUCUCAAAUACUUAUGAACUUCAUAUCCAAUUCUAUCAAAUAUUCAUCUUCUGAAUCUGGAGAGAGCUCAGUAAUUCUCAAGUGUGAUAUUUGUUCAGAUGAAGAGCUCACAUCACUGAACGUAGAGAAGGAUAAAAUAAUAGAAAUGCUUGAUGAUAAGGAGGACAUUGUUUUCGUUAAAAUUGAUUGUAUUGAUAAUGGAAAAGGAAUUGAAAAGGAUAAUAUCGGUAGCUUAUUCAAAGCAUUCCAAAUUUUUGAUCUCAAGAAUAGUGAAAAUAUAACGGAUACAAGUGGAACUGUAUUUGACCAAUACUAUUUGAAAUCAAUUUCAGCUAGUAUUAAGGAAAUUGAUUGUUCAAAAUCAUUGAUUGUAAUUUACUCUGAAAAUCUUCACUAUGAAGUCAAACACUUAUUCAAGCAGUCAGUGAUGGAAAAAAUUCUAAUUCCAAUAGGACAUCGAGGAAAGAUGAGAAGAUUCACAAACAUGAAAUAUGUAAUCAAACCUCUUAAGGUUGAUGAGUUGGUAAAUGUGUUGAAUGAAAAAAUUGAGAAACACAAAAAGAGAGUAAGCCAUCAAACUACAGAUUUUCCACCAGAAAUUAAGGUCACAACAGAGAAUAUUGAUUCUGUGCAGUCUUCUUCAAAUAAUAUGCCUCUAAAUGUUGAACCUCCUAGGGUUGAACCAAUCACAGAUUCCAAAAGAGUUUUAAUAACAGAUGAUAAUUUAAUUAACAGAAAAGUGAUGGAAAAGAUGGUUCGAUUGUUGGGAUUUACUGAAGUUGAUUGUGCAUCGAAUGGAUUGGAAUGUUUUGAAAUGUACAAACAAAAACAAUAUUCAAUCAUUUUAUUGGACUUGUUGAUGCCAGUCAUGUGUGGCAAACAAAGUGUGAAACAUAUUCGAGAAUUUGAAGAGAGUGAAGGAAGAAAACGAACACCAGUAAUUGCCAUCACUGCCAACAUUUGGGAAUCAGUUGAUACUCUCUCACAACUUGGAUUUGAUUCGGUCAUUUACAAACCCAUCCUUAUUGAAAAAUUGAGGGAGGAAAUUGACAGGCUCCCAACCAACACCUCAUAG